AUGGCGGACAAGACGGCGACGCUGGAUGCUGUGCUGAAAGAGGCGGUGGAUUUGGAGAAUAUACCGAUCGAGGAGGUGUUUGAGAAUUUGAGAUGUAGCAAGGAAGGGUUAACGACGGAGGCGGCGGAGGAGAGGCUGGGAAUCUUCGGGCAUAACAAGUUGGAGGAGAAAAAGGAGAGCAAGGUGCUGAAGUUUUUAGGGUUUAUGUGGAAUCCGUUGUCUUGGGUCAUGGAGGCCGCUGCUAUCAUGGCCAUCGCCCUUGCCAAUGGAGGGGGAAAGCCGCCGGAUUGGCAGGAUUUUGUGGGAAUUAUCACCUUGCUGGUUAUCAACUCCACCAUCAGUUUUAUCGAGGAGAACAACGCUGGGAAUGCUGCUGCGGCGCUCAUGGCCCGGCUUGCUCCCAAAGCCAAGGUGCUCAGGGAUGGACAGUGGCGGGAAGAGGAUGCCGCCAUCCUUGUCCCAGGGGAUAUCAUCAGUGUCAAGCUUGGGGACAUCAUUCCUGCUGAUGCACGACUCCUUGAAGGAGAUCCGUUGAAAAUUGAUCAGUCUGCCCUCACUGGGGAGUCAUUGCCGGUAACCAAAGGCCCUGGGAGAGGGGUCUACUCUGGUUCUACUUGUAAGCAGGGAGAGAUUGAAGCGAUUGUUAUUGCAACGGGAGUCCAUACUUUCUUUGGCAAGGCCGCUCAUCUCGUAGAUUCCACGAAUCAAGUUGGGCACUUCCAAAAGGUUUUGACUUCUAUUGGGAACUUCUGUAUCUGUUCUAUUGCUGUGGGAAUGUUUAUUGAGAUUAUUGUCAUGUAUCCAAUCCAACACCGGGCAUACCGUCCUGGAAUUGAUAAUCUCUUGGUCCUUCUCAUUGGAGGUAUCCCAAUUGCCAUGCCUACAGUUUUGUCUGUCACAAUGGCAAUUGGUUCUCAUCGCCUAUCCCAGCAGGGAGCUAUAACAAAGAGAAUGACUGCAAUAGAGGAAAUGGCUGGCAUGGAUGUUCUUUGCAGUGAUAAAACUGGAACUUUAACUUUGAACAAGCUGACAGUGGACAAAAAUCUUGUUGAGGUCUUUUCCAAAGGUGUCACUCAAGAUAUUGUCAUUCUAAUGGCCGCAAGAGCCUCAAGGACAGAAAAUCAGGAUGCAAUAGAUGCUGCUAUUGUCGGCACGCUUGCUGAUCCAAAGGAGGCCAGGGCUGGAAUUCAAGAAGUUCACUUUUUGCCAUUCAACCCUACUGAUAAGAGGACUGCUUUGACAUAUAUUGAUGGUGAGGGAAAAAUGCAUCGUGUUAGCAAAGGUGCACCAGAACAGAUAUUAAACCUUGCCCACAAUAAGUUGGAAAUAGACCGUAGAGUUCAUGCUGUGAUUGACAAAUUUGCUGAGCGUGGGCUACGAUCACUUGCUGUGGCGUAUCAGGAAGUUCCAGAAGGUAGGAAAGAGAGUCCAGGAGGUCCUUGGCAGUUCAUUGGUCUUAUGCCCCUCUUUGACCCUCCUCGACAUGAUAGUGCAGAAACAAUUCGAAGGGCACUGAACCUUGGUGUGAAUGUCAAAAUGAUCACAGGUGAUCAGCUGGCAAUUGGGAAAGAAACUGGACGGCGAUUAGGAAUGGGUACAAACAUGUACCCAUCAUCGGCUUUGCUGGGCCAUGACAAGGAUGAAUCUAUUGCUGCUUUACCAGUUGAUGAGUUGAUCGAGAAAGCUGAUGGCUUUGCUGGAGUUUUUCCUGAGCACAAGUAUGAGAUAGUUAAACGACUCCAAGCAAGGAAGCAUAUUUGUGGUAUGACUGGUGAUGGGGUUAAUGAUGCUCCUGCUCUGAAGAAGGCCGAUAUUGGGAUUGCUGUUGCAGAUGCAACUGAUGCAGCUCGUAGUGCUUCUGAUAUUGUCCUUACUGAACCUGGAUUGAGUGUCAUCAUCAGUGCUGUCCUAACCAGUCGUGCUAUCUUUCAGAGGAUGAAAAAUUAUACUAUCUAUGCUGUGUCGAUUACAAUCCGUAUUGUGCUUGGUUUUAUGUUGCUGGCAUUGAUAUGGAAGUUUGACUUCCCACCCUUUAUGGUCCUUAUCAUUGCUAUCCUCAAUGAUGGCACCAUAAUGACAAUAUCAAAGGAUCGGGUGAAACCAUCUCCCCUCCCCGACAGCUGGAAACUGGCAGAAAUUUUUGCUACAGGGAUCAUCCUUGGAGGGUACUUAGCUGUGAUGACAGUGAUUUUCUUCUGGGCAGCGUACAAAACUGACUUCUUCCCGCGUAUAUUCCAUGUUGAGAGCCUCGAGAAAACUGCUCAAGAUGACUUCCAAAAGCUUGCCUCUGCAGUUUAUCUGCAAGUCAGCACUAUCAGUCAGGCUCUCAUAUUUGUGACCCGAUCCCGCAGCUGGUCCUUCAUUGAGCGCCCUGGUUUGCUCCUAGUAACAGCAUUCAUGGUUGCUCAACUGAUUGCUACACUGAUUGCUGUGUAUGCUGACUGGGGAUUUGCUGCAAUCAAAGGGAUUGGCUGGGGCUGGGCUGGUGUUAUUUGGUUGUACAACCUCAUUUUCUACUUUCCACUAGAUAUCAUCAAAUUCAUGAUCCGAUAUGCAUUGAGUGGAAGGGCAUGGGAUCUUGUUAUUGAGCAAAGGAUUGCCUUUACAAGGCAAAAGGACUUCGGUAAAGAAGCAAGAGAGUUGAAGUGGGCACAUGCUCAGAGGACAUUACAUGGGCUACAACCACCUGAUACCAAAAUGUUCACUGAUAGGACCAGCUUCAAUGAUCUUAAUCAAAUGGCUGAAGAGGCCAAAAGGCGCGCUGAGAUUGCUAGGCUCAGGGAACUGCACACAUUAAAAGGACAUGUGGAGUCAGUGGUGAGGUUGAAGGGUCUGGACAUUGAUACCAUCCAACAAGCCUACACCGUCUGAGGACACGACAACGAGCUUAAUCUAAUAAAAAUAUCAACUGGUAUAUAUAUCAAGAACUUCUCUAAGGCUCUUCUUCUUUUGAAUCCAUCUUAGUAAAUAGAAAUCCGGCUUUGUUUUUAUCUUGUUUGUCACCCAGUAUCAUCUAUAUAUUUGUUGUGAGUAGGUAAACUUUAGUAUAAGAUGUUUGUUCUUUUUAACUAUUUGUGUGGCUGGCUGGUGGGAGCAAUGCAUGUGGUACAUUGAAGAUUGAAUUCCAUAUUUGUCCCUACCAAGUGGGAGAUAUAAAUGGUAGUAUGGCAGUGUGCAUGUGCUUUGAUACACCAGAACACAUGGCAUGCCCUUUUGUUUUGCUGCAUUUUCUUAUAUCUCAUUGAUUGUUUGGUUGA